GCUUCUUUCAACAGCAGCAACAGACAGUCAGACACCUCGGUAGCUUGCUGGACACAAUAGCCGAACCAAUAAAGCUCUUUAGAUGCUUUCGUUUUUUUAUUAGCCACUGUGUUUUAAAACCACUUCUGUCGUCUAGUUAGUUAUCCGAUUUAAUUUAAUAUUUACGGUGUUGUUAUUAGUCAGCUGGCGGACUGGUUAAGUUAGCAUUAGCCUAGCUAGCUAACAUCCCGACCAUGCGGUCACUAAGCUACUCUUCUCCUGCUAAAGAUAAUAUCUGCUGGAUGGAGAAAGAAGCUCUGAUCUUUCUGGUGAAAGAGGAGAAGGGAGAGGAGGAUGUCACAGUAAAACAAGAAGUAGAGGGUGAGGCUGUUACAGUGAAAGAAGAAGAGAAAGACGUUUCAGUGAAAGAAGAGGAAGAGAAAGGGGAGGAUGCCGUAUUUGGAGUGAAAGAGGAGGAAGGGGAGAUGACUGUCACAUCGAAAAAGGAGGACGAGGAGGAAACUGGGUGUCUGAGGCCGGUUUCCCAAACGCAUCUUAAGGCAUCCAACGAUGAAAUUAGCCAUAAGAUGGUUUUGAGAAACAGCGUCCUGAUUAAUACUAGAGAGAUACGGGACUAUCGUGGAUCCUUUGGGGAGCCUCAACAACCUCAUGAUGCUGACGAGGCAGAGAAGAGUCUCUCCAGAUCAGAACACCUCAAUAAACACCUGCAGAGAUCCACAGGGAAUAGAACUCACUGCUGCUCUGACUGUGGGAAGAGAUUCACCUCAUCAGGCAUUAAAAUUCAUCAGAGAACACACACAGGAGAGAAAUCUUAUAGCUGUGAUCAAUGUGGGAAGAGUUUUAGUCAAUCUGGAGAUCUGACAAUACACCAGAGAACACACACAGGAGAUAAACCUUAUAGCUGUGUUCAAUGUGGGAAGAGUUUUGGUAGAUCUAGCUAUCUGACAGUACACCAGAGAAUACACACAGGAGAGAAAUCUUAUAGCUGUGAUCAAUGUGGGAAGAGUUUUAGUCAAUCUGGAGAUCUGACCAUACACCAGAGAACACACACAGGAGAGAAACCUUAUAGCUGUGUUCAAUGUGGGAAGAGUUUUGGUAGAUCUAGCUAUCUGACAGUACACCAGAGAAUACACACAGGAGAGAAAUCUUAUAGCUGUGUUCAAUGUGGGAAGAGUUUUGGUAGAUCUAGCUAUCUGACAGUACACCAGAGAAUACACACAGGAGAGAAAUCUUAUAGCUGUGGUCAAUGUGGGAAGAGUUUUACUACAUCUAGCAGUCUGACUACACACCAGAGAACACACACAGGAGAGAAACCUUAUAGCUGUGAUCAAUGUGGGAAGAGUUUUGUUACAUCUAGAAAUCUGACUUUACACCAGAGAACACACACAGGAGAGAAACCUUAUAGCUGUGUUAAAUGUGGGAAGAGUUUUGGUAGAUCUAGCUAUCUGACAGUACACCAGAGAAUACACACAGGAGAGAAACCUUAUAGCUGUGAUGAAUGUGGGAAGAGUUUUACUACUUCUGCCUAUCUGACAGUGCACCAGAGAACACACACAGGAGAGAAACCGUAUAGCUGUGAUGAAUGUGGGAAGAGUUUUACUACAUCUGGCUCUCUGACUUUACACCAGAGAACACACACAGGAGAGAAACCUUAUAGCUGUAAUCAAUGUGUGAAGAGUUUUGUUACAUCUGGGCAGCUGAAUGUACACCAGAGAAAACACACAUAAUAGAAAUCUUAUAGCUGUGAUCAAUAUGGGAAGAGUUUUACUCAGUCAAACAACACCAGAGAAUACACACAGGAGAGAAACCUCUUAGCUGUGACCAGAGGUAAUCUGAUAAAAGAUCUCUGACUAAACAUCAGAAAAUACAUGAAGCAGUUGUUUCAUGAUAUCAAUGAAUUAAUGUCACAAUGUAGAAUGUUUUAACAUUGUAGUAGGAGUAUUUUAAUGAUGUCACAAUGUAGAAUGUUUUAACAUUGUAGUAGGAGUAUUUUAAUGAUGUCACAAUGUAGAACCCUAAACGUUUGUCCCCUGUUCUAUUGAUUUCAACAUGAUAUGGAUAUUAGCCUCAGGGGGAAAAUCCAGGCUCUGAAUUGGAAGAGUACUAUUUAUGUGAUUUAGUAAGGACACAUUAUUCCCAGAUUCUGUGUGGUUUUUGAGCUGUUAGUUUUAGCAGGACGUGCAACCUCAUCUCCCUCCUGUCACAUAAAUGAUUUUAGCAUGAUAUCGAUUAGUUAUGACAAAUUAGUGUUGCGUUCCUUUGUUUAGCGACCCCUACAUUUAAAUGCAUUCCAACAUCACGUACAACCGGAUUUCCCCCCUAAUUGAUAUCAGUGAUUUAUUGCUACUUGUCAAAACAACUUUUCUGGAAAUAUGAUUAUUGUGGCAGAUGUUUGUGUAAAUAGCACAUGUUAUGUUUAGGUUUUCAAUUUAUCCCAAACUGUUUCUGCAUAUUGGUUAUUGAUUUGGACACGUUAAAACUGUGUUUUGACAUUGAGGCUAUCCCACCUAGCACAGUGUAAUUGAAAAGUUGUUGAAAAUAAGACUAUGCAAUCAAAUAUUUUUUUUUACAUUUUUUAUUAUACCAUGCCUUACCAUUAAGUGAAUUUUUUGACAAUACAUAUUAUCAAUGGGGUGUACAUUUGGUUUUGGUAAUUCAUGUUUACAAUUCAUGUAACUUUUAGUAAUCAUAAUUAUUUAUGCAAUCAACUGACAAUUUUCGGGUAUAAAUAUAUUGACAUUGUUGCCCUUCUUUUAGAAUAGCAGGGUUCAUUCUCAGAUGUGCCAACCCAAAUGUACUAGAGCAUGACAUUGGGGACUGGGCCCCGAUCCAACAACAUGCCUAUCGAGUGAACCCUGAAAAGAGAGAGAAGCUCUGCAGUGAGGUGGAAAGUUACUACGGAUAUUGCAGGAGUUUCCUCUUGAAAUCAGACACGUCCGUGGUAAGGACAACUUGGUUGCUUAUUGUCUCAAGAAUGGGCAGUCAAAAAGAUUUGUGUUUUGCCAGUGAGUUGCCAUGGAUCACAAUUCAUUUUGACUGCACGAUUUUCCGUAUUGGAGAUGAGUUUUGUUUGGGCUCGUUCCAAGGGGACGAGAGUUCUAGAAGCUAGUGGGUUUUAGGAAGAAGAGAGUUCUAGAAGCUAAUGAGUUUUAGGAAGACGAGAGUCUAGAAAGAAAAAGGAGAAAAGAUACGAUAUUAUUAUACGAUUGUAUAUUAUUAAUUAGAAAUAUGUGUUUUUUCUUGUUUUUAAUUGUUGACUGCCAGUAGACACCAUGUUUAUAUUGGUGAAGCAUUUUAGUUGAUUAUAAUGUGAAAUGGAAAUUGUUUUCUGUUGGUGGUGAGCAAACUUGUCCAACAAAAAUAUAGGAUAUAUUUGUUGUCUUAAGGGGGAAGGUGUUACAGGCUUUGGUUUUUCCAUUUAUGUUUUGAGGUUGGACUCGCCCAUAUAGCUUGUUAGCAUGUAUAGCUCGUUAGCACGUCUAGCUCGUUGGCACGUAGGACGCACUGAUUGGUGUCACCUCGUUAGUAAGUAUGUGUUACACCUGUGCUGGCUUGUCCAUCUCGUUAGUGGGAAGGUAUUUCACCUGAGCUGGUCCAGGUUCUAUUUAAGAGUGUCUGGGCCAGUGCUCCAGUUGUCUUGAUAGAUGUGGAGAGUCAACACCUUUUAGUUGCUCCACCUUUUUGGUUUGUGUCCUAGCUUUAAGUUUGGUGUGGGUUUUUCUUUUGUUUGCCUCUUCUUGGGCAGAUUUAAUGGGUCUCAUGGUGGGUGUCUUUUAUGUCCCAGUUGUUGUUACUAGUAAACUUCCAGUGGACACCCCCAUAGUGUCUUUCAGAGCCCCUCCUAGAACCUGUUUAGUUGUGGUUGUUAUCAGUGAUUCUUUGUUAAUUCCAUCUUCUGUUUGAGGAAAAAUGUUGGUUUUCUUGCUGGAGAACGUAACAUCAAACAAUGGAGUAAGACAUGAUAUUUUGGGUUGGAUAUUGCAGUGAAUUGUUCAUAUUUUAAUCGAUGACAUUUACUUAGAAUGCUCAUUAGUUUUUCAGUUAUUCUGUUUUUUAUCCUCAAUAUUUCUGUUUAUUUUCAUUGUUUUUUCCUGUGAAGCCAUUGUGUUGCAUCCAUGUCUGAAAUGUGCUGUAUAAAUAAAGCUUGAUUUGAACAUA